GAGGGGGUCAGCGUCGCCGGGGGGGUGUGCUCCGGCCCGGGAGCGCUGCGCCAUGAGCUGCCGCCUUCAGUGCCUCUAAAAAUUAAAGUUUAAAUUCCAGAAGGCGGCGGCCUUGCGUGUGCUGAGCGCGGGGGGGGCCUGUCAGCGCCCCAGAGCACCGUGAGUGAUGCCCAAGAAGUUCCAAGGGGAGAACACCAAGUCGGCUGCUGCCCGAGCGAGGAAGGCUGAGGCAAAGGCAGCAGCCGAUGCCAAGCGGCAGCAGGAGCUGGAAGAUGCCUACUGGAAGGAUGAUGACAAACACGUGAUGAGGAAGGAGCAGAGGAAGGAGGAGAGGGAGAAGCGGCGGCUGGAGCAGCUGGAGCGCAAGAAGGAGCUGCAGCGCCUGCUGGAAGAGGAGGACUCCAAGCUGAAGGGGAAGUCACCCAAGCAGGCCACGCCGGGCAAAGUCACCAGGGCCCAGAUUGAGGAGACCAUCAGGAAAGACCAGCAGCAGAAGGAGAAUGCAGACACGGUGGAGAAGGAGAAGACUCACUUGGAGGUCCCCUUGGAGGAGAACAUCAACAGACGGGUCCUGGAGGAAGGAACAGUGGAGGCCAGGACGAUCGAGGAUGCCAUUGCCGUCCUCAGCGUUGCCAACGACGUGGACCGGCACCCGGAGCGCCGCAUGAAAGCCGCCUUCACGGCUUUUGAAGAGGUCAACCUGCCCCGCCUGAAGCAAGAGAACCCCAACAUGCGCCUGUCCCAGCUCAAGCAGCUCCUCAAGAAGGAGUGGAUGAAGUCUCCAGAAAACCCCAUGAACCAGAGGCACAAAGCUUACAACAGCCAGAAGUAGAAUUCGAGCCCAUCAUCCCCCCACGGACGGCGGGCCGGAGCCGCGGGCUCUGCUCGGUUGAAGCAGGAGGCACGGGAGCCUCCUCUCCUUUUGUUUCCCUUCCCCACCCCCUCUUUCCUUCUCUCCCUGUUGUCGGAUUUAAGACCAGCACGAGGUCACAGCCCAGCUCCAGCACCCCGCUGUCCUCGCUCUGGUUGUCAUCCCCACGCAUUCACCCCCCCCCCCCCGGCCCCGGGCAGCCGGUGCAGACCCAUAGGGGCACUAACGCUGCCGCGUGCUUCUGAGUUCAGCUGGUGUCUCACAGAAAGCUACUAACGCACUUCCCAGCGCGGGGUGCCCGCCUGCUGCCCCCUGGAAGGUGGGGGUCCCGCACCCGGACCUGACCCAGCGUGCAUCCAUCCAUCCCUGCUUGCGCCGCGCUCUCGCGCUCCGCCGGGCGAAUCCUUGCAGGUGUCCUGAGAGCGCCCCGAGGAAAGCGCCUGCCCUCUGCUCCUCCUGGUGCUGGGGCGUCCCCGGAGAGAUCUCGUGCUGCCAUCGCUGCUGGCCCUGCCUCCCUCCUCGUUCCUUUCCAUCAGGAUGAGACCCAACGGGGACACGGGCUCCGUCGGCACCGCGCUAUGGGGAAGAGCGAGCUGGGAGAGCCAGCACCGUGCUGUGGCUCCUGCCCCGUCUGCAUGGGACACGAGAGCCGGACUGUGCCUUUCCUGGGGGGCUCCCAGAGCCUCGUGCGCCGCUGCUGGGCCAAGGGCACGCCGAGGGGGGGGGCUGCACCCUGAGGGCCGCCCCGCCAAGGGGAGCUGCUGCUUCUCCAGCUGCUGAUGGUGCAGACUCACACAGGGAUGUGCCCUGCAGCCCCGCAGAAGGGGCCGUGAGACCACAGAGCCUCUCCCGGCCUCGCUGCCCACCCCCCCCCCCUGCACCGGGCAAGGCAGAGGAGAAGGCGCUGAGCUCCCCU